AGGAGAGCGACGGACCAAAGCCAAGCCUCCCUCCUCCCUGGGGCCGGCCUGGACUGCCCAGCCCGCUCUGCCUCCUCCCUCCGCUGCUGCCGACGUGGCGGGGCGGGGAAGGGAGGAAGCCGCGGGCGCGCCGGUCGGGGCACUGCUGAGCGGACUGAAAAUGUCUGACGACAUAUCUGAUGGCACCCCAUCUGAAGAAAAACCUGAAAUAAUGGAAAUGCCCACCAGUGAGGUAUUGCCUCAUGAAUCAGUACCACAGCUCAUAGAAGCAGAGAUCUUGCGUGAGCCUUCACAAGAUCAACAUGGACAGGUCACUCAGAAUGUCAGUAAUAGAGAGGAAGGAGACAUGCUCAUUAAUGAAAACCCUCUGGCAGAAAAAGUCGAAAGCCUGCCUUCCAGCCUGCCUUCCAGUGAGGAGACAACUGAAGACAGGCCCACCGAGUGCAUUGAAACUGUAAGCCUUGAUGCAGAACCUGAAUUGGAGGAAAUGCUGCAUGAGCAAAGCAAUCCAGCUGCAGACUCCUCAUCUAAAGCAAGUAGAUGGGGAGCUUGGGGUACCUGGGGAAAGUCUCUGCUGUCAUCAGCUUCUGCCACAGUGGGUCAUGGGAUAACAGCAGUAAAAGAAAAAGCAGGAACUACCUUAAGAAUUCAUAGUGGAAGUUCAGCAUCUCUGGAAACAGCAGAGCCUCCUGCAGCUGAAACACCAGUUACUCAAGCAGAAGAUUCUCUGGACCAAACCUCUUCUGAGGAUAUUCCUUCUUCUCCUUCAUCUGGAUCUCGUGGCAUGCUGUCAGCUAUCACUAGUGCUGUACAAAACACAGGGAAAAGUGUAUUAUCUGGAGGCUUAGAUGCUUUGGAAUUUAUUGGGAAGACAACCAUGAAUGUCCUUGCAGAAAGCGAUCCUGGAUUUAAGAGAACCAAAACACUGAUGGCAAGAACAGUCUCACUGUCUCAGCUGUUGCGAGAAGCCAAAGAAAAAGAGAAACAGAGGCAGGCCCAGCAAGUUACAAUUGAAAGAACAGCACAUUAUGGACUACUUUUUGAUGAAUUCCAAGGUUUGUCUCAUCUUGAAGCUCUGGAAAUCCUAUCAAAUGAAAGUGAAGCUCAGAUUCAGUCACAUUUAGCAACACUUGAUGGAGAACAGUUGGAAACUGUGAAAAAUGAUUUAAUUGCUAUAAAAGAGAUCUUUGUUCCAAAGGAGUUAGAUGAUGAAGUGGUGCAGGCACAAAAAGCAGAUAUGGGAGAAGAGUUUGUCAGCAUGCUCACAGAACUGCUGUUUGAAUUGCACGUUGCCGCUACUCCUGACAAACUAAAUAAGGCUAGGAAAAAAGCUCAUGAAUGGCUGGAAGAAGCCAGUUUGUCCACCCCAGUAGACAUAGAAGAGGAGCUGAAUGAAAAACCUGAAGAACCUGGUGAACAAAAGAUUCAAAAAGACGAUAAAAUUGAGAGUGAUAAAACAGAAGCAGACAAAAGCAAAACUGUGGAGGAAAUCUACAUGCUCUCCAUUGAAAGUCUGGCUGAGGUAACUGCUCGUUGUAUUGAACAGCUUCAUAAAGUAGCAGAAUUAAUUCUACAUGGGCAGGAAGUAGAAAAAACUGCUCAAGAUCAAGCAAAAGUACUGACAAAUUUAACAAGUGCCAUGUGCAAUGAAGUUUCAUCUUUAUCAAAGAAGUUUUCUGAUUCUGUAACAGCAGCUGGGAGCAAUAUGAAGGCAGAGGUUCUUAACCCCAUGAUAAACAGUGUGCUAUUAGAGGUAUGCUACAGUGUUUCCCAUCUGCAGGUAUUUAGAUUUCUAGGAAGAUUCAGUCUAGCAACAGCCUUGGUCAGCGCUUGGAUAAUCGUGUCAGACCACCAAAAUGUUCAUGAGUGAUUUCUUUCCUUUGACACCAUGAUUUUUCUUCAGAAAAGCACAGGCUGCAACAGUACUGCUUAUAUUCACGAUGCUUUCCAGUUACUGCUUCCAGUUCUGCAAAUUUCCCAUAUCCAGACCAGUUGUUCGAAAGCCCAGGAGUUGUCAGCUUGACAGCAACCACAGACCCAAAGUCCUGAGCUGUGCCAGGAGAAGAGCUGGUGCAAGAGAUGUCUGGCCACUAGACUUCUUUGAAGACACUAAAUGCGGUUUUGCACACACAGUACUGAACAACAUUUUAAAACUCUUUCAGACUUUCAGACUUUAGAAGUAGUCAGUAAAGUGAGUAAUUUCUUUUCCAGUACAGUUCAUGCUUUGCAUUAAUUUAAACAGGAGUUUAUUGAUAUUAGCAUUGACUUAAAUACAGAUUCUAAAUAUUGACCCUUUCAGUUGUAAACAUUGUAUGAAACAAAUUGGAAUGUAAAGUUUCAUAAAACAUUUCACUGCAAAUUACCAUUUAUAUUGUUUGUAUUAUAACUGCAGUUUAAAAAGUAUAUUUCAGAAGCUGGUUUCAGUAUUUAAUUUUCGCCAACAUGAACAAAUUAUCAUAGUGUUGAGCUUGUUAAAUAUUAUUUCCAGUAGCAAAUAAUAACAUCAUAUUAAUAUGUACCACUAACAUAACACUUUGUAUUGAAGAAGUUGCACAGCAAUAGGUAUUAACUUUACUAAAUGAAAAUUAUGGAGGUUAUGCAUAAAGAAUUAUACUGAAAAGAAAUUUUCUGAGCCAGUUAAGAUUACGGGUAUAGCUCUGUAUUUGCUGACCCAUACGUUUAUAUUAAUUUAGGUCUAUUUCUUCAUUUCAAUGGUUGAACAAGACAGGAGACAAAAGAAAUGUUUUUAAUAUGCAAGGGACAGAAAAUUUUCCUUUUGUUUGGCAGUUGAAAGACCUGCUAAACAAUCUUCUCUCAGAUGUGUUACCAGGUUAACACCUUGGGGUUUACUGAUACCUACAGUUCAGAAAUAGAAGUUGUAGUAAGAAGGUAUGAUAGAAUUGCUUUGGGUGUGGAGGUCAUCUGUCAGAGCAAUCACCUCCUUUUUUUGUGAUAAAAAAAUAAUAAGGGCAUAAAUAAGCAACAGGAAUGACAUUUCAUAACAACACUAGCAACCAUGCUAAUUUGUCCAUAUCUUUAGUUUAAAAUCCUGAGCUUUGGACCUAACAAUAUGUUUAGAUUAGUUUAUCUCUUAGAUGGGAAGAAGCUUCCAAUAAUUUACAUAGCCUGUUCUCUUGGAUUUUUGUCGUUUAUUAUGUCUCUUUCCAUUAUUUUGUAUUUUCUUCUCUUGGUAUACUCAUGAAGUGUAUUUAAAUGCUAAUUUUUACAGUUAACAUUUUAAUACGUUUAAGCAUAUUUCAUACAUCAUAAAAAUAAUGAAGUAGAGCAUAAGGCAGUUUCUGUUUUUGAUAGAAGAACGAAACCAUGUAUCUGCUUUGCACAUGGUAACUUCUUUGAGUCCAAAUAAGAGGACAGAAAGGUCUUUUUGAGCUUUACACUAUUGUGGUCCCUGUUCUGUUGUCACACUCAUGGUGACUUUUCAGUUUUUUGUUACUUAAAGAUGAAAUUUUUCCUAUCCCUGGAAUAAGGUUUAUUACAUAAAAUCUAUUUUCUGGCACCCUAUAAUUUAGCAGAUAUGAGAUAGCUUUCUGGGUAAGUAGAAGAUGUGCAGUCUUCAAACUCAUUUGUACAGGCUGAAUAUAGUAUCAGAAGCCUCUGGGAAUAAUGUUUGAAAUCAUUGAGGGGCAUUCUUAAGGCAAAGAUUGCUUGUCUGAGAUACUCCUUACUAGGGGUUUCACUGUCUUGCUUGAAUUACACGUUUAUGAAUAAAGUACCGUACCCUGAAGUAAAAGAAGCUAUAAAAAGUAACUUGGAGACUUAAAGUAUUUACAUCCAUACAAUGUAGGAAGGGAAACAGGGCAGGAUAUAAGCAUAGGGAUACUCCCAUCUGCUCUUAGAUUCAAUCAUCUUGUCCUAGGAAAACUGAAUGUUGUAUCUUUAAAUCUAUUUUAGGUAAAUAAUAUUUCAGUAGAGAAGUACUGUAUGGAUGUAGCCAGAAUAUUUUGUUUACACUGAUUUGUAUUUUUCCACCAGUCAAAUAAAUCAUUUGAGAUACUGAACUGAGACAGUAGACUAAAAGGGAGUGGUUUGAAGAAUAAUGUGAUGGGAGUAUAUUCUGAGUGAAGUAAUUUGCUUUCUGAUUUUUUGAUUUACCUUUGGAAUGAUGAGUGUGAUUUUACUGGGAGACUGACAAAAACAGAUGUUGCCUUAAACUUUUAA